AUGAUGCCAGAAGUGUCUCAAACGAAAGGAAGCGACGUAGGUCAGGCACAGUUGCAAGGACACCCGGAUGGAAAUAGUUUUGAAGCGGCUUCAGCUUCUGAGAAAUGGAAAGCUCCUAAAGACCGUCGAAAACAGGCUUCGAAAAUCUCUGUUCGCAGCGGCACACUGGUACAUACACAGGUGGGCACUCCCCAGAGCGCAGCGUCAACUACAUGCCUUCCGGAAGCACCCGUUUUCACAAAGACCGGAUCACCAGCACCUUUGGAACGGCGUGCUGAGAAGAAGAAAAAAAGGAGCAAGGUGUCAGCCGGCAACAUGAGAGGAUGUGCAGAGCCUGCUCUAGUACGUGUCCAUAGCGAUCCAGUGAAAGGAAAAGACAAGAACAAUGCCGAAUCUGCUGAAACUAGUUCACCCUCAAAUGCACCUGGCAGGACACCAGGAGGCUUACUGCAUACUAAAACGACAGGUACUUUGAUGGAAGCAGCUGCUAAGAAAUUUGCAGUUGAUGAAACCGACUCCAUGAUCCGCGGAACCUCAUCUUUAGGCAGUGCUUCCGCGCCUGUCGUGCAAAGCGUAAACACUCAAAGCGACGAUUUCUCUGCAUCGUUGGAUCCAAACACAACUUCGGUAAUAGGCACGAAGAGCUCUCUGCCAGUGUCAACUUCAGUACAAGUGGAUGGACUCGCUCUGACAGGAUCUAAGGCAGGCCCCUUGACAGAAUCUAAGGGGCAUGGGACUUCACCAAAACAGCAUUUUAGCCUUGCAUCGACGGACAAAUUAGGCCAGCAAUCAAAAAACUUUGGCAACGUCCGUGCUGGCCAGGACAACGAGCCGGAGCAUUCACUUUGGGACCAUCGCAAGUGCACGAAUAGCCGAUCUUUCUCCGAAACGGAGAGCUCCUGUUUGCCAUUAGACGUGAAAGGACAAUCCUCUCAGCCUGAAGCCCGAUCGACACAGCAAAGAGCGGACAGCUCGGCCCUUUCAGCCGAAAGUCCAGCAGAAAUUUGCGGAGGAGGUGAUGUGCAGAGCUUGCCAACGGGAAGCUCAAAUAAGGCGUCUCUUGGUGCUAAGGAGGAAAAUCCACACUUGUUGAGAAAAGCAUCGAGAGUCAAAGCUGCAAAGUCGUCUGUGGCAGCUCCUGUUUUAGACGAAGGCGUAAGGCAGUUCACUGAGGUUUUAGGGGUUUCAUCUGCAUCGCGCUUGUCUAAGACAUACUCUUUGCCAUCUCAGAAAAAUGGAACCAAAAGCCUGGAGACUCUGGGGAAGAAGCCUGUGGGUACAACGUUAGGCAAUCAGCUGUACGAAGCAGCAACAAACAAGCCACAAGCAUCAGCGCAAGCCGUAGAGUCCACCAAGCACCCGUUCGAAACGGGGCAAUCACUGAGCAGAGGGCCCGAGCAUACGCCGUGCGAUACUGAACAUGCUGCGGCAGUUGUGACAAACGUGGACACGCUUGUACACAAGCCUAUCCCAGCUACGUCCAGGAUCUCUUCCCGGCUGCCGACGAUGCCAACACCCUCCAGGCAAUCUGGAGUCAAUCCACUAGCCAAAAUGUGA